UGUCGGCGCACGCGCACGUAGCUGAUACGCGAGCCGUAUAUAAGGACAUGCACCCUUCGCCUAGUCCAUUUUACUUCUUCUACUUCUGAAGAAAAGUGUCAGAAGUUACAUAAAAAAAUAAGUGAAAAAUGUCUGUAGAAAAUAUACUCUUGGAUGAUCGUCACCAUCAUGAUGACACAGAAGGUGUGGUGCUGGCUAAAGGAAUUUCUAUGCUGGUACUGUUUAUCGCCUCCAUGAUAUGUGGCCUGGCUCCUCUGGUGCUGUCGAAGAAAUUCAAUUGGAUCACAGCAGACGAGGCCGGCAAUUUGAAGUCCACUAACAGAGUGGUCAUGACUCUCCUGUCCUUUGGUGGUGGCGUCCUUUUAUCUACCACAUUCCUGCAUCUGAUGCCUGAAGUUCAUGAAAACGUCGAAUAUUUACAAAGUACUGGCAGAUUGAAAGAGUUCGAUUUCGCAUUGACGCCAUUUCUGACAUGCUGUGGUUUCUUUUUGAUGUACUUGGUUGAGGAACUGGUACAUGUAUACAUACAUUACCGGGAGAAGGAGAGUAAGAAUCAAAAAUUAGUUCGCAACUUAAGUUUGCGAAGAAGUGGCCCGUCCCCUGCCGGGAACGGAGAAAAGAGCGUCACAAACUCUACCGCUGAUCUAAUUGAACCUGAGGCAUUGAAGAGAGAUAGGGACCCAGAAAUAAACGUUCGACAUGCUCACUCACAUCACCACAGUCACGCUCCGGUUGUAGAAGGGGAGGAUGUGACGUCAGCUCUACGUGGGUUACUGAUAGUGUUGGCCCUUUCCAUUCAUGAGCUGUUCGAAGGCCUGGCUGUUGGCCUAGAAUCUAGUACUUCUCAUGUUUGGUACAUGUUAGGCGCGGUUGCCGCUCAUAAACUAGUCAUUGCCUUCUGUAUCGGCGUGGAACUCAUUGCCACUGGUACAAAAACUUGGCUAGCAGUUGUAUAUAUAACUACUUUCGCCGUGGUUUCGCCCCUGGGUAUCGGCAUUGGCUUGAUUCUGGUAGGAGGAGAGGGAGCUGCAGCUGCUGGAGUAUACUCAGUUGUAUUACAAGGCCUGGCUUCGGGCACACUACUUUAUGUCAUAUUCUUCGAGAUAUGGAAAGGUGACAGAACGGGCAUAUCUCAGUAUAUAGCGUCAAUCGUCGGAUUUUUCCUUAUGUUUGGACUAAUGUUGCUAACUGGCCACUCUCACAGCCAUUCCCAUGGAGGAGGGGAUGACCACGACCACGGGCAUUCUCACGACAAGUGAACUUCGGCAAAAACUAAUUUAGUAAUCUUAGUGAUAAUUAUGUAGGUACUUAACCAAAUUGUGAUAUUUGUAUAGCUAGUAUAGCGUAAAUAUAAUGUUAAGGUACGCUUACACGGGUAAUAAAUUGCGCCAUCUUUACAACAUUGUUUUGUAAAGUAUGACGUUAUAACUUGGUCCACGAUAAUAAUUUAUAGCAUGAUGAUACUGAGAAUAUUAUAAUACAGCAUAAUGACUGACAUGCUGUCAAUACAGAGCUGAAAUAUUAUAAUUAUGGGUGCCUAUUUUAAUAACAGAACACAGAAAAAAAGAAUUUAAAUCUAGACUGAUGCUAACUACGAAUAAUAUACACCUAAAAUCUUAGUUCUAAAACUUAUU